AUGACCACACCACCACCAAGUGGGUGCUCAGAUUUGUCAUGCAAAUGUGGGGUGGAUUUCUCAGCCCAUUUGGGAGGCUUGGCUGCCAGUGACAAGUACCUGCUGGAGCUCUGCACUCCUCAAAGACUCCAGACCAGAGCACACCUGAGCUGCAGCUGCACUUCUCCUGUAACAGCCGAAGCGGAUCCAGUUGACAUGGCGGCAUCCCAGGCCUGGAGCUGCCUCGCAUUGCUGCUCCUGCUGCUCUGUGACCCCGCUCGCUUGUCCAGGGUACCCGUGCGGACGCAGAGGAAAGGGAUUCUCGCCGAAGCCAUGCGGAGACUGCAGGAGGUCUUUGACAUUGAGGCCUUGCCCCAUGAUGUCCUGCCUCACAGGAAGCCACCACAGUUUAUGGUAGAUCUUUUCAAUAAGGUGGCAGAUUCCAACGGGAUCACGAAGGUCCCAGGGCUGCUGGAAGGCAACGUGGUGCGGAGCCUUGAAGACCGAGAUUAUUUUGAUCAGUCUUAUUUCUACUUCAACAUCUCUUCGGUUGGGAGGAAUGAACAAAUGCUAAAAGCUGAGCUCAGAGUUUUCAAGCUAAAUAAAAACCAUGUGCCUCAAAAAUCUUUUUGGCAACAUUUUCUCAAAGUGGAUGUGUAUGAGCUUUUGGACAGGGGAAGUAAGCUGCAGAGAAGAAAUCUCAUUUCAUCCAGACUACUGUCUUUGUAUACCGAAGGCUGGGAGGUGUUCAAUGUCACGCAGACAGUUUCCAAAUGGUUUGGAAACAGCAGCACUAACCAUGGCUUUUUGAUCACUACAACUCAUCUAUCUAAAACCAAAAUGGAAUCCAACUUCGUCAAGUUUGCCAAGAGCCGGCACAAUAUGCGAGACAGUAGGAAUGCUUUCUUGGUCCUCUUCACCAAUAAUGACAGACAGAAAUCUUCCAGCUUCCUGCCCUCUUCCACUGAAUUCCAGCCAUCCUUGCCUGAAGACGAUACUUCAUCACACCUACCUCACCAAAAUGAGGUCUUUGCAAACAUCAGAGUGAACAAAAGCAGAAGAAUUCGGGAUACCGCCUUCUUCUCCCCCAAAGACCAAAUUGUGCCAUGCCAGCUCAAUGAUCUCUUCGUCGACUUCCAUGAAAUUGGUUGGGCAGGGUGGAUCAUUUCCCCACGUGGCUACAAGGCUUAUUAUUGCAAAGGGGCCUGCCUGUUCCCCUUAGGGGAAAGUCUAAGAGCGACCAACCAUGCUACCGUCCAGUCCAUAGUGCAUACGCUGAAACUGUCCAAAGACGUCAGCACGCCGUGCUGUGUCCCAGACAAACUGAGUUCCAUCAGCAUUAUGUACUUUGACGACAAUGAGAAUGUUGUCCUUAAGAAUUAUAAAGACAUGGUGGCCACGAGUUGUGGUUGUCACUAA